AUGGCCACGACUCCAGAGACCGAUCACUCCCCAAUGCAAGAGAAACCUACCCAAGCUGAUGAAGAACAACAGUAUGCUUUGCAAGUGGGAUGGAAGGCACUGUUCGCUUUCACUACAAACAGUCAUCUAGCGGUGCUGAUGAGUGCUCUCGCAAGCGCAGCUAUCGCCGCAGCCACCUUACCUGUUUUUUCCAUCAUAUAUGGUCUUGUCUUCGGCGCAUAUUCUGACUAUGGAGCUGGAAAAGCCAAUGGUGACGAACUACUAAGUGAGGUCACGAGGCUCUGUCUGAUCAUGACUGGAAUCGCUGCAGCAAGUUGGAUCUUUAACAGCAUUUUCUUCUUUCUGUUCCUCCUCUUUGGCGAAUUACAAGCCAAGAGUGCGCGAACUAGAAUCUUCGACGUGCUCAUCCGAAAAGACAUGACAUGGUUCGACAUGCGGGAGAGCGGCAUUGCCGCGUUCUUGCCUACAAUUCAGAUGCAAAUUCGCGAUCUGCAAUUGGCUGUCUCUGCGCCGUUGGGUGAAGGGCUUCAAUGCGCCGUUGCCGCAAUUGGGGCUUUGGGCGUAGCCUUCUACUAUUCGUGGAAUCUGACCCUCGUCAUCAUCUGCACAGUCCCUUUGAUCUAUCUUGCAGAAGCGUAUUUAUCGAAGAAGCUAUCCGCACGAACGCACGAUCAGGCGAACCAGCUUCAAAGGGCGUUAAGAUACAUUACCAACGCCAUACAGAGUAUCGAAACGGUGAAGUGUUUCAAUGGCGAAAAUCACGAGCUGCAGAUCUUUUCGAAAGCCGUGUCUCUCGCAGCUAUUCUCUACAAGCGUGUAGCCAAUAUGCGGUCCAUACAGAUCGGGCUAAUACAGUUCUUCACACUGACUGUGUUCGUCCAGGGUUUUGCUUACGGUUCGCACCUCAUUAAAUCCGGGUCUCUCGAUGUGGGUAGUGUUAUUACCACAUUCUGGGCAGCGUUGCUGGCAAUAGGAGGUAUUACAGGGUUUCUGCCGCAGUUCAUUGUCAUGCAGAAAGGCAAGAUCUCCGGCGCGAGACUUCGCGUUUUGAUGGAGCAGAUGUCUGCAGAAGACGAGCCACACGAAUCGAAAGGAAAAUUUGAACCCUCAAGAUGUCUAGGGGAUAUUGAGUUUAGAAGGAUCACCUUCUCUUACCCUACUCGACCUGACGAAAAUGCUCUUCGAGAUGCAACAUUAUUUUUCCCGGCAGGAGAAACCACCUUUGCUAUUGGCAAAAGCGGCUCAGGCAAAAGCACCUUGGGCCAGCUGCUCGUCCGAUUCUACCAGCCAUCUUCCGGUCAGAUUCUGCUAGACCAUGUAGCGCUCAAUGAGCUCAAUGUGCACUGGCUGCGACAAAACGUUACGCUGGUAGAGCAACACAGCGUCUUGUUCGACGAUACUAUCCAUAAGAAUGUCAUGCUGGGCGAUCGAAGUGGAACUGUAUCAACUGACGACGUCAAAAAUGCUAUCAGCUUUGCUAUGCUUGAACAAGUUGUAGAGGGUCUUCCGGCCGGUCUCGAGACACAACUUGGGGCGAAGGGGGGCUCUUUGAGCGGAGGACAGAAGCAGAGGAUGGCAUUGGCACGUGCCAAAAUACGUGAGACACCUGUGCUGAUACUGGACGAGUCUACCAGUGCCCUCGAUUGUGUUACGCGAGCCGCAAUCCUCCAAGCCAUACGCAAAUGGCGCGAGGGCAAAACAACUAUAAUCAUCACGCACGAUAUAUCCCAGGUUCAGCCAAAUGACUUUCUCUAUCUUCUCGACAAAGCUCAAGUCCUCCAGGAAGGUUAUCGUAAGGAUUUGGAAGCACAGCCUGGAGUUUUUCACUCUUUCCUCGCUUCAAACGAAAAGGAAGAAGAGGACUUUGAUAGCGAGUGCUCAUCAGAUGACGAGGAUGAUGACGUACAGACGGAUGAGCUCAUGUCACUCUAUCGUGAUUCUUGGACCAUGCCUACACCAGCCAGACGGCCACUCUCUGCAGUCUUGUUCGGACAGUCUGUAUUAUCUUCGUUUCAGAACGAAAGCUCCCUGGACCGGUCCGACACUAUCACCAGCAGAACGGACCACAUACCUACGAAAGUCACCGACGAAGAGAGCAGCAACCAUACCGAGCAUGACAUGUCGAACACUAACAGAGCUUCUUCUUUUGAGCCGUCACUAAAUGCGUUGUCGCCUGUAUCGGACAUUUUCGUUACAAAUCAAUUUAACACAGCACGGACGUCUAGAACUCUUCUCAACGAUCGCCUGUCAGAAGCCUACUCUUUCAAAAAGAAGGAACUUGGCUCACGGCCUGUUUCUCGGUUAUCGUCACAACCUGUGUCGAGGCAACCUGCCUACCCGGACCGACUGUCUAUCGUUACGAAUCGCACGUCACAACUACCCCUACCAGUGAAGCGUGAACGGCGAAAGAAGUUUCGGUCCAAGUUCACCCGUGAGACAAUCGCCGGGGAACAAAAGCUUUCUGAAGGCUCAUUACCAAUCACACAGAUUCUAGGAACUGUGUGGCCUACCAUUGACUGGAAGUCACGAGUUGCUCUCAUUGCUGCCUUGCUCGCAACGCUUGUGCAUGCAGUCGCUACACCGAUGUUUUCCUGGGUAUUCUCACAGCUUUUGGGCACAUUUUAUGUCUCAGAAAAUACGAAAGACGGAGCCAUAAAGUACAUUCUGAUCAUUCUGGGCAUUGCCGUUGCAGACGGUCUUGCCAGUUACUUUAUGUUCUAUCUUUACGAUAGUGUCGCACAAUCGUGGACGCAGACGCUGAAGACUGAAGCCAUGAAGCGCAUUCUUGCGCAGCCUCGCGAGUUCUUCGACAAAGAGGAGAAUAGUAUGGCACGCCUGGCCGAGACUUUAGACCAUUUUGCUGAGGAAGCUCGGAAUUUACCUGGACGCUUCACUGGCAUCUUCCUUGCUAUGCUUCUCAUGAUGAUCAUCUCCGUCAUCUGGAGUAUGGCUAUAUCCUGGAAACUGACGCUAGUCGCUCUCGCAUCUGGUCCUGUUCUGUAUGCCAUCACCAAGGCAUACAAUAUGAUCAGUAGCCACUGGGAACAUCUUGCGAACGAGGCUGACGAUCACGUUGGUCAAGUCCUUCACGAGACCUUUGUCAACAUCCGCACAGUACGUUGUUUGACUUUGGAAGGGCAUUUCCACAAAAAAUAUGAAGCAGCAACGACCAAUGCUGUUAAUAUCGGUGUGAAGCGCGCGAUCUACUCCGGGUCGAUUUUCGGCCUCCUCUCCUCAUCAGUUCUCUUUGUAACCAUUGCUCUCUUCUGGUUCGGUGCAUGGUUGAUUUCUCGAAAAGAACAUGCGGUGCUCGCUAUUACUGAGACUUUUAUGAUUAUCAUGCUGUCCAUCAACAACAUCAGCCAGAUGUCUCAAUACAUGACCCAAGUCAAUAUCUCGCGCGAAGCCGGUGCACGCCUUCUACGCCUCGCUCGCCUUCCUUUAACCUCCCACGAAGAUCUAGGAACUGUCAAGAUCGAGUCUGUCGACGACAUUCUUUUCAACAAUGUAUCCUUCACAUACCCGACCCGGCGCGACCAUCAAGUCCUGCACGAUAUGUCCUUUUCUAUCCCUCGCGGUUCCUGCACCGCUAUUGUCGGAUCAUCGGGGUCGGGAAAAUCCACAAUCGCUGCUCUCCUGCUCAAGCUCUACCCAACAAACCAGAAUGCCAACACCUUUCUUGCCUCCGAAGGUCGUGAUCUCACCAUCUCAGGUCAAAACAUCAAAACCCUGCACACGGGCUCCUUACGCUCACGCAUGGCCCUCGUUAGCCAAACACCCGUUCUCUUCCCCGGCACUAUCGCGCAAAACAUCGCAUACGCACUCUCUCCCUCGUGCCCAGAGUCGAGCAUGGAGAGUAUCCGCGCCGCAGCCGAUGCAGCAGGAGUCAGUGAAUUUAUCGACAGCCUGCCCAACGGGUACCACACGCUCGUUGGCGACGGCGGCACAGUCCUGAGCGGUGGCCAGGCGCAGAGAAUCGCCAUCGCGCGCGCACUAGUCCGGAACCCGGAUGUGCUCAUCCUGGACGAAGCAACGAGCGCAUUAGAUGUCGUGGCUGCGAACACAAUACGAGACACUGUCAAACGCCUCGUCUGCACAGACGAUCAAGACGAGGCCUUGAAUUCGCUGAAGAGCCCGCCGUUCGGCCCUAGCUCGAGGGCUGCUGGCUUCUGGGACGGUGAGAAGUGGGAGGGUGGAAGCCCCGGCUGGCUACGAGCGAGAGGUAAGGGGAGUAAAGGGAAGGAGAAGAGGAGACAGAUGACGGUCAUCAUCAUUACGCAUGCGAGGGAGAUGAUGAGUAUUGCGGGGCAUGUUGUCAUGCUGGACAAGGGCAAGGUGGUUGAGGAAGGUGGGUAUGCCGAGCUGAAGAGAAAGAAGGGCGGGGCGUUUGCGAGGCUGCUGAGGGGUGAGGCAGAGUAG